CUAAUAGCUACCAUGGGAGGUGGAGAUAGGCAGAUCUUGGUUCACUAUCAGCUUGGGCAAAACAGUGAGACUCAACAAAAACAAGCCUAGGGUUGUGGCUCAUGCUUGUAAUUUCAGCUACAUGAGAGGAGGAGGUAGGAACAUCUCACAAGCACAACUAUAUGAAAAGCAAACUAAAAACAAAAGGAGUAGAUACAUGGCUUCGACACAUGUUCUAAGAACACUUGAGGUUCUGAAUUUAAUCUUCAGUUCUAUCACAAACUAAAAUUAAAUAAAUAAUAUGUGUUGUGGAAUCUAGUGAAUAUUUAAGCCUUAUCCAGUGAGCCUUAUCAGUCUUACAAAUCCCAAUUGCCCAUUUAAUCUCUACUGGGUCAUUCAUGUUAAUCAUAGAGACUUGAAAGAUUUUUAUCUUCUUUUUUCAAAAACAAUUAUUUUUCAAAUUGGGCCCAUAGCUUAUUCAAACUCAUUAAUUGGCUUUAAUCAACAUUUUCUGGCUCCUGUGCUAGAAAAGCCCUUUUAAAGAUAAACCUAGGGCAAAAAUGUGGCAUAAAUAUUGAAUUCAAAGGUCACAGUGAAGUUUAUCAUUGACUUAAAACAGGUAAUUUCUGAGACUUUGUAUGUAAUGAAUGCAGAAGUCAUUUCUAAGGCUUCAGCGUUUAUAUUCUUUGGUUCUUUCUCCCCUGUUAGAAGACCUACAGAAUUGUCCAAAGUAGCAAAGGCAAGUCUGUCCUGGGCUUCUGAACAAAGCAUGUGAACUUCACUUCCUGUGGCCUCGGUAACCCUGUCUGUCUUCAGCCACAGGGGGAAAGAACAGAGGUCUCUGCCUGACUGAUUCUCAGUGGCUGCCUUUUCCUGUUGCAGAUCCCUCCUCUGGUAGGGAAACAGAAUCAGCCACCACCUUGAGGGCUUUAUACUGUCAUUGUUAAUGAAUCAGACAACCAAAAGGCAGAAGAGUCUGGAGAGAGAGUAAUGCUGCUUAGUUGCUUUGGGGAAGCAAUUUAUUUUUAGGGUGUUUCAUGCACAUCCUUCUUGGGGCUUGGCCUGAAUCCCUGAGAUUAGGGUAUUUCACAUGCAUUUCUUCACCAGGGAGGCCUCCCCUCUGUUGCCUACACCCCUUUGAGCUUCACUGGCUCUAUUGAACAGAGCCAUUCUCAGCUUUUACUUUGGUUCAGUGAGCAGGGUUACUGUUUAAACACGGUGACUGCAGAGUUGUAGGUCUCAUUGCCCUUUUGCUUUCCUCCCAAGUGUACCUCAGCUGUGAGAUAAUCAUAGUCUGAUUAACUGGGCUUCUCAGAUCCCUGGGUCUUUCCUGACUGAGUGACUCAAAGCAAGAAGAGAGAGGCAUGCAGAAAUGUUGCAGCGGAUUCAAGAAAGAAGGGUUUAUGGAUGGGAGAAGCUAAGAUGGACUCGCCUGACAGCUAUAAAGUACAAGAGAAAAAACCGUCCCUCAACCGCCCUUCCUCUACGGUUUCAGGACCAAAUAACAACCACUCCGGAAAUAAACAAGAACCUCCACCUGUGCUACGUGUUGAUGACCGCCAGCGGCUGGCCCGAGAGCGGCGUGAGGAACGGGAAAAACAGCUAGCUGCACGAGAAAUCCUCUGGCUAGAGAAGGAGGAACGGGCCCGGCAGCACUAUGAAAAGCACCUGGAGGAGAGGAAGAGGAGGCUGGAGGAGCAGCGGCUGAAGGAGGAGCGGAGAAGGGCGGCGGUGGAGGAAAAGCGAAGGCAGAGGCUAGAGGAGGACAAGGAGCGCCAUGAAGCUGUGGUACGACGUACAAUGGAGAGGAGCCAGAAACCAAAGCAGAAGUAUAACCGGUGGUCGUGGGGGGGCCCUCUGCAUGGGAGCCCCAGCAUCCGCAGUGCAGAUCCAGACAGGCGGUCAGUUUCCACCAUGAAUCUUUCGAAACAUGUCGAUCCGGUCAUUAGCAAGCGGCUCUCAUCUUCCUCUGCGACUUUGCUAAAUUCUCCAGAUAGAGCUCGCCGCCUGCAGCUCAGCCCCUGGGAGAGCAGCGUUGUUAACAGACUCCUGACGCCUACACAUUCAUACCUGGCCAGAAGUAAAAGCACAGCUGCCUUGUCUGGAGAUGCAGCAUCUUCCAGCCCCAUCAUCAUGCCCUACAAAGCUGCACACUCUAGAAACCCAGCGGAGCGACCAAAACUCUUCGUAACUCCACCUGAGGGGUCUGCACGCAGGAGGACCAUCCACGGCAUUGUGGGCCACAAAAGAGAGAGAGAGAACUUGCCCUUCCACCUGACCUCCAGCAUCCGAAGGACUCAGUCUCCGUCUAAUCCCAAAGCGAGGUCAUCAGCGCCCUCGCGCCUCUGGCUGCCAUCCAAGUCCUUGCCUCACUUGCCUGGUACACCCCGACCCAUGUCCUCCCUGCCUCCUGGCUCAGUGAAAGCUGCUGCUGCUCAGGCCCGGCCCCCAUCCCCUGGAAACAUCCGCCCUGUCAAGAGAGAAGCCAGAGCAGAACCUGAGAAGAAAGACGCAGAGAAGGAGCCACAGAAAGCUGCCAAUGAGCCCUCACUAAAGGGCAGAACACCUUUAGUGAAGGUAGAGGAGGCCCCCAUUGAAGAGGGGAUGCCUGUCGAAGCAGAAGCUGGCCCUGCUACUCCAUCCAUGACCCCGGCUCCAGCCCCAGAGCCAGCCCCAACCCCGGUGCCAGCUCCAGUCCCUGCUCCAGCUGCGGCCCCAGCCCCAGUUGCAGCCCCAGCACCAUCAUCCACUGUGACUGCCACUGCCGCUCCGAAAACCUCUGCAGGCACCACGGACCCAGAAGAGGCCUUGAGACUGCUGGCUGAGAAGAGGCGGCUGGCCCGCGAGCAGAGAGACAAGGAAGAAAGGGAGAAGAGGGAGAAGGAAGAACUGGAGAGACAAAAGAGAGAGGAACUAGCCCAAAGGGUAGCAGAAGAGCGAAGUCGCCGUGAGGAGGAGUCCCGCAGGCUGGAGGCUGAGCAGAUGCGGGAGCAGCAGGAGCAGGCGAGAAGGCAGGCGGAGGAGGAGCGAGAGCGCUUCCAGAGACAGAAAGAAGAAGAAGCUCGCCUGCGGGAAGAAGCAGAGAGAGUCCGGCAGGAGCGAGAGAAACAUUUCCAGAGAGAAGAACAGGAGCGCCUGGAGAGAAAAAAGCGGCUUGAAGAGAUUAUGAGAAGAACUAGGAAGACAGAAGCUACAGAUAAGAAAACCAUUGAACAGCAAAAUGGUGACAUAGCCAAGGGAGUGAUCACUGGAGGAACAGAGGUGUCUGCACUUCCGUGUCUGAUGAACUCUCCAGGAAAUGGCGACUCAGCGGGCAGCCCGCAUGUAGGCACUCCAUGUCAAUCAGAAGUGACCCCAGAGGGUACUCCUAACUUGGAAAAACAACCAAAUGAAAAUGGAGUAUCUGUUCAGAAUGAAACUUUUGAAGAAAUUAUAAAUCUGCCCAUUGGAUCCAAACCAUCCAGGUUAGAUGUCACCAACAAUGAGAGCCCAGAAAUUCCUCUGAAUCCAAUUUUGGCCUUUGAUGGUGAAGGGACACUUGGGACCCUACCUCAGGUAGAUGGUGUGCAAACACAACAAACCGCAGAAGUUAUAUGAGCAUUUCUUCUGAAGAACCAAAGCAAAACUUUAAUAACAGUUUCUAUGAUUAAUGGAAUUCCUUUCAUGCUACAAAGGAGCAACCCCCAUCUCCAGUUUUUCUAAAGAUUUCUUGACCAUCAUUUUGAAAAGACUUAUUAAAACCAGCUAAGACAACAGACAGACUGGAUAGCUUUUCUAAUAAUUUUCGCCAACAGAAAGAAAGAAAUGCUCCUUUAUUCUUCAAUACUUUUUCCAGCGUGCUCCUUCUUAGCAAAUCAAUAUUUUUCUGCAAUCUUAAAGAAAUGUGCUCACUAGGUGUGAUUUUUCACAUAGAUAUUUUGGUCUUAAAACGUUAACAUACAAAAUUGGCAAAAAAAAAAAAUGACCUUUUACAAUGUAAUACUUGAAGCAUAAGUACCUCUUUGCUCUACAAGUAGAGUAAAUAUGGGAGGUAUUUAAAUUAAACUUCUUUGUUUAAAUAUUAUUGCAAAGAGCUCUAUUUGUAGAGGCAAACUCUAGGCAGAUCAGCAGUUUCUUGUAAUGUAAGCACUUGUACAUGGACAUUCUGCAACCCGGCUGUCAUUUUCUUCUCGCAACUCCUUUUACAAACAUGUACUACCAGGUUUGAAAAUGUGAGAAAACAAAACAUGUUGUUGUUUUUCAGGGCAAGAAAAUAAUUUACUGUCUUAACUAAUGUAUUUAUAAUGUUUUUUCCAAAGAAAUCCAAUAAAUUAGAACAAUGCGACAACAUUAAAAUGUUGCUUUCUUAGAUGCACUCCUGCUGAUUCCCGUGAGAGAAUGUUGCUGAAGAUUCAGGGCUGUUUCUGAUGUUAGUAUUAAGUUGCUGCUGUCCCUGAUAUUUGGGGCGGGGGGGGGGGGGGUUGAAGGGAAUAGGACCACUUAUCUUUGCCUUACCUGAUCACAAAUUAUGUGGGGGAGGGGGAAUAAAGAUUUCAUAGUUCUUUAAAUUAAAAAAAAAAGAAUUUGGUUUUGCUCGUUUCAGAGCAGUGAAGAAUCCCGUGGAGUGGGGACUGCAUGGCACACAGGCCAAGGACCACCCUGGCCGCGCUUGCUCUGUGCUGCGUGAGCCAGCAUUUUUCACUCUGCAUUGUUUUUCUUCCCUUGUGCUGUUGAGCCUCACUAUAUACUUACUACCUUGCACUUUUAUUUGCGAAUAUAAAUUCUAUGUUAUUUUUCUACCAAGAGACAACUAAUGACUAAACGUAGCAGCACAGGGAAUGCCGAGGGAACGCAUUUUUAUGUGGACUCUCAAAAAUAAAAUGUAUACCACUUAUAAUGUGUUAGUUUUAUACAGAGAGCAGUUGGUUAACCUACCUGAUUGAAUGAGAGACUAUUCAUCUAUUGGAUUAUUUCUCUUAAAUUAUCCAAACAUAUGAUCUUUAGCAGUAACUUGUAAUUUGUGGAUUAUUUUUCCCUAUUUUUGAUUGUCCGUGUAUGCAUAGUCAUUAAAAAAUUGUUUUACAACAUUGUUUUGUUUAAACCAACUUACUACAAAACACCAAUAAAAUGUUUGACAUAGUUUUACUUUUA